CUUACCGCUCCCAUCUCUACUUCAGAACGCACCGCGAAAAAGCGACGCCAAUUUAAUUUCAAGAAACUGUGAAAAUUACAAAUUAAUAAAAUAAUGGCCGAGGUGGACGAUCUGGAUACUCUAUCCAACGCUGAGUUGCGCACAAAAAUGUUGGCUCAGGGCCUGCCCAACAUCCCGGUUACAGAUAGCAGUCGCAAGAUAUUGGUGAAGCGUCUGCGCGCGUCACUCGGUGGGCAGGCGUCGCCGGCAGCCGGCACUGCCAGUCCCAAGAAGAGCAGCAGUCGCCGGGAGACCCUGGCCGCUUCUUCGGCAGCUCCCUCCGCUGCCUCCACUCCCGUGGACAAGCUAGAUGGAAGCAAGGUGGCCCCAGCUACUAAGGCACGCCGUACUAUUGCCGCCACGGAGGCUAAGGAAGCGAAGGAAGUGGUGACUAAGAAAGCUGCUCCUCCAAUCCAGACACGUCGCAGUUCUACUACAUCUACCGGAUCCGAGAAGAGGGAGCCAGAACGUGUGGUUAAGAAACCAGAAACCAUUGUCGAGGAGCCUGUGACCUACAAGCGCACUAGUCAGCGUGAGAACACCUUGGAGGUCAAUUCGUUGAUUGUGCUGGAAUCAGACGACGAGGAAGAUGAGCAGCUGGCUCGUGCUGCUGAAUUAGUGGAAAAGAAAAUCGCCCAUAAGGAGAAGUCCAAGCAGAGCAGCGUAAACACAACAUAUGAGAAGGUUUCUAAGGUGGAUCCACCACGUCGUCCUGCUUAUGAAUCUGCAGUGGAUCCACCACGUCGUCCCGCUUAUGAACCUCCAGUAGAGCCACGUCGUCCGGUUUAUGAACCUCCAGUAGAGCCACGUCGUCCGGCUUAUGAACCUUCAGGAGUGCCACGUCGUCCAGCUUAUGAGCCUUUAGUAGAGCCACGCCGGCCAACUUAUGAAUCUCGGGACCUUCCACGUCGUCCCACUUAUGAAACAUCAGCUGCUCCUGUUUUAAGUGCAGCUCCAUCGGGUCUCUCGGCUAGACCCCAGACUAGUUCCUCCACAUCGUACGAUUACCUGGGCAGCCACACCGGACGCUACAGCAGCUAUGUGCGCACGUCGGCCCAAAGCUAUGUGACCGCAGAGGCACCAACUACACGCACCUAUGCCAACGAGCUGAGCGAUGACAACGACGCCGUCGACGAUGCCGAGUACGAGAGCACUUUCGCCCAGAAUCUGGCUCGCUUGAAGGCGGAGCGUAUCGGCGACAGGAGCAGCCCGUACACCAGGCGCACCGUUGGAUCGGCCUAUGGCUCCUUGGCGAGGCGCUCCCUGCGUCAGGAUAACCAGAGCGUUCGCGCCGCCUUCAACCGCUGGUGGGCCAGCGUCGACCAGAAAUAUAAGAUCAGGCAGAUACUGUUUAUUAUCUUUGUCAUCUUCUUGCUGGUGGCUGUAUAUUCUUUUUUCUAUUAGGCGGAUGCGCCGGUUUCUAUUUUCCCAUUCGUAGUAUUUAAUGUUGCAUUUUGUUUGUAAACAGGCCCUCGAGUUGAGUUGGGGGCUUUGUAUGAAUCGCUGUUUUGAUGUCAUUUGAAUCUGAGAUUGUUUAGAAUGUAAUCCAAGUGUGUUAAACGUGUUCUAAUAAAGCCCACUUUCAGGGAA